AUGGGUGUGUGGACAGCACUGGGAACACUGGUCCUCAUCGCUCACUGUGUGUGCAGCCAGACCACCACUAUAAGAUGGUGCACAGUUUCUUCGAAGGAGGAGAACAAGUGCACCGCCAUGGCCACGGCGUUCAGCAGCGCGGCGAUCCGGCCCACGCUACGCUGCGUCAGCGGCACGUCAGUCACCGACUGCGCUCAGAAACUCACGACAAACGAAGCAGAUGCGUUUUCCGCCCCCGCCAAAGACAUUUAUGAGAUGGGAAAGAAAACCGCCUUCAAAAUCGCCACUGCGGAGUCCAGUGCUGACGGUGAAGGAACGACCUACUACUCCGUCGCCGUGGUGAAGAGGACCAACACGGAUAUCAACAUUAACAACCUGAGGGGGAAGAAGUCGUGCCACACUGGUUACAAGCGCACCACCGGGUGGAACAUGCCCAUCGGAUAUUUGAUCGACAGCGGGAAGAUGUCGGUCAUGGCCUGUAAAGUAGAAGAAGGUGUUGCUGAUUACUUUAUUGCCAGCUGCAUUCCCGGGGUACCAGACAAGACCUCGUCUCUGUGCCAGCUCUGUGCUGGAGACGCAUCAGGAGCCAACAAGUGUGAGGCCAACAACCACGAAAAAUAUUACUCCUAUAACGGAGCCUUUAGGUGUCUGGUCGAUGGCGCAGGAGACGUCGCUUUUGUUAAACACACCACAGUGGGAGAAAACACAGACGGUAAAGGUGAUGUGUGGGCGAAGGACCUCCUGUCCGUGGACUACCAGCUGCUGUGCCCAGACGGGACCCGCGGUCCCGCCACCGACUUCAAGCGCUGCAAUCUGGCCCGAGUGCCGUCCAGAGGAAUCGUGGUGCGCACCGAGAUCGACGGCACCGUGGUGUUCAACAUGCUGCGUGAAGGACUGCAAAAGUCGGACUUUUCCAUGUUCUCCUCGGUCGUAUAUCACGGCGAGAACCUGCUGUUCAGCGACAGCUCGGCGAAAUUCAUUCCCACCGGAACCGAGGACUACGUUCAGUGGAUGGGUGUGAAGUACUAUAACAUACUAAAAGCCAUGGACUGCUCCAGCGCUGACGUCCCUGAGAUCCUGCGCUGGUGCGUGCUGUCUUCUGGAGAGCAGCGGAAGUGUGAAGACAUGGCCCAAGCCUUCCAGAAAAAGGGACUCGCUCCCAAAAUCCAGUGUCUGUUUGGAUCGUCCAUAGAUGACUGCCUGAAGAAAAUUCAGAAUAAAGACGCGGACGCUAUCACACUCGACGGAGGCUACGUCUACACUGCAGGGAAGGAUUAUGGUCUGAUCCCGGCUGCCGGAGAGAGCUACACAGGCGACAGUGACGGCAGCAUCUACUACGCCGUGGCCGUGCUGAAGAAAAGCAACAGAAUCAUCAACAGGUUCAGCGACCUGAGAGGCCAGACGUCCUGUCACACCGGCUAUGGCAGGACCAGCGGCUGGAACAUUCCUAUCGGCCUCCUUAUCGAGAAAGGACUCAUCAGACCACAGAAGUGCCAGAACGCCCAAGCUGUAGGCGAGUUCUUCAAAGCCAGCUGUGUACCCGGUGCAGACCAGGCUGGUUUUCCCAGCAACCUUUGCUCACAGUGCAUCGGAGACUCCAGCGGUGACUAUAAAUGCGUCAAAGGUCAGGAUCUGUUUGACGGCUACAACGGAGCCUUUAGGUGUCUGGUACAAGAUGGAGGCGAGGUCGCCUUCGUGAAACAUUCCACCGUUUUCCAGAACACCGAUGGCAACGGUACCGAACCUUGGUCUCUUAACCUGAACUCAAAGGACUACCAGCUACUCUGCUCUCAGGAUUCCCGCGCCGAGGUCACUCAGUAUAAACAGUGCAACCUCGCCCGCGUCCCCUCCCACGCCGUGAUGGUCCGAACCGACACCAACCCCAACGUCGUGUACGGUCUGCUGGAUAAAGCCCAGCAAUUCUACGGAGUGAACGCUGUCUCGGGCUUCAAGAUGUUCGACUCCAGUCAGUACGAUGGAUCGGAUCUGAUCUUCAAGGACUCGACGGUCAGCAUUAUCGCUGUGGCUGAGAAGAAGACCUACAAGUGCUGGCUCGGUCAGCAGUACAUGGACGCUCUGGUAGCCAUGGAGUGCACUGGCUCUUCAUCAGCGCUGACCUCUCGCCUGCUGCUCGUCGCUCUGGCUGCGUUCAUCUCUCUUCUGGUUUAUUAG